CGCCAAGCGUCGGUUCUCUCCGGCUUGUAUAUUGUGAAAGAUCGUUUUGGUCCCCUAAAUUACCCCUAAUUUGUCGCAAACCCUAUUCCGAUUUCAAAAAUCUAGACCUAGAACAACUCCACGUUUAGAUUCCUAGCAUGACCAGCAGUGCUGCCAAAAGCCUCCCACAUGGGGUCGGGGAGCACGUUUUUGCUCACUGGAGUGGCUCCAAAGGUCUCUGGUAUCCCUGCAAAGUAGUUGACAAUGUAGAAGAGUACACUUUAGAAUUUGAGGAUGGUACAACAAGGAUGUUACUGGAGAAGCAAGUUCGAUCGGAAGCUUCAUUCCGAACGCGAUCCAAGUCUCCGGCCAGGAAGGCAUCCCCGGCAAGAGGCAGGCGAAGCCGUUCAAAGUCACGAGGUCGUGGACGACCAAGGAGCAAGAGUCGUGGUGGAGGCAAUAAAACUCCCACUAGGCAAGAGAAACCACUAGCAGAGAGUCCAUCGCCGACUCCCCCAAGACAAUCACGGAGACACACUGGCACAGACGUCCCUCCACCAGCUGAGCCUGCCCACGAGCUAAGAGCUGUCACACCAACAAGACAUUCAUUAAGAAUAGCUGCCAAACAAGAACCGGAGGUGGUGAAACCAUUACUCGAAGAGAUGCCGAUGGAGACUCACAAACGUGUUGGUAAGACUAAGGAGAUUGAAUUUGGUGGCCCUAUUGGUGCGGCCUUCAUGACCCUCCUCUUGCCAACUAUCGUCUACUAUGUGAAUAUGGCUUGUACAAAGAACUCGUGCACACUGACCAAACUUCCUCCAUGUUCAGGCAAGUGGAGUGAUUUCUUCGACUUGAAGGCAACACUGGUGUUCCUGGGGUGGUUUGCCUUCCAAGCAGUGUUAGCAGUGCUGCCUUUUGGACAAGUUGUAGAAGGACAGCUUCUCAGGUCCGGGAAGAAAUUGAGCUACAGAUGCAAUGGCUUCCUUUCUCUGUUGAUCAGCAUGGCAGCCUUUGCAGUGGCAGUCUACUUCAAAGUGCCUGUAGUCUUUGUGUAUGACAAGUUCUUGGCCCUCAUGACCACAGCUAUCAUCUUCUCCUUUGUGUUGUCCAUGGCUCUCUACUUCAAGGCGAGACAUGCACCAAACCAUGCCUUGGCUGCUGGGGCUAAUACUGGUCAUGUGUUGUACGACUUGUUCAUGGGACAUGAACUCAACCCAAGGAUUGGAAGCCUCGACUUGAAAUUCUUCUGCGAGCUACGACCAGGUUUGAUUGGCUGGGUCAUGAUCAACCUGUGUUUCAUAGCCAAGGAUUGCAUCGAACACAAAGCACCGAGUUACCCCUUGUUGAUGGUUGUCGCCUUCCAGACAUUCUAUGUGGCUGAUGCUCUCUGGUUUGAGGAAGCAAUCCUGACUACAAUGGACAUCACAACAGAAGGGUUUGGAUACAUGUUAGCCUUUGGAGAUUUGGCCUGGGUUCCGUUCCUUUACUGCCUGCAGACUCGCUACCUGGUUGAACACACCAUCCUCUGGUCUCUCCCUGGACUGGCUGUCAUCUUCCUUCUCAAUCUAACUGGUUACAUCAUCUUCCGUGGAUCAAAUUCUCAGAAGAACGAGUUCAGGAAGAAUCCAUACAACCCAGCUUUGACACACCUUGAGAGUAUGCCCACAUCGGCGGGCAAGAGAUUGCUGGUAUCUGGCUGGUGGGGACUCUGCAGGCAUCCAAACUACCUUGGGGACCUUAUCAUGGCUCUGGCUUGGUCACUCCCGUGUGGUUUUGCCCACCUGAUUCCGUAUUGGUAUCCGAUCUACUUCCUCAUCUUACUCAUCCACCGAGAAUACCGUGACGAACACUCGUGUCAGAAGAAGUAUGGCAAGAGCUGGGAUCGGUACUGUGAGCGCGUCAAGUACCGUAUCUUCCCCUUCAUCUUCUAAAGCUGGGAUCAGUACUGUGAGCGCGUCAAGUACCGUAUCUUCCCCUUCAUCUUCUAAAGCUGCCUCAUGUUGGAAAUGUUGGAUUAAUGGAUUGUUGGUUAACACACCACUUGUUGAGGUUCAGCAACAAUUAAGGACCAAUAUCAUAGAGAACAAUUAGGUUCAAUGGGCUGUGAGCCGCACUGGGAUCAAAAUAACUUGUUAUGGCUUGGUGAAAUUCUCAAUAGGAAAAGCUGUGAGAAGGUAUUUGAGCCUCAGCUUGCCAGGGAAGCCGUGUUUUUCCUAUGUUUGAGAAGUUGCCGACAUGUAUUGCAAUGCAAUUGAUGUGGAUUUUGAUUAAUAUCUUCCAAGAAGUGGCGAGUGAUACAAUGGAGUGACAGAUGCGGAUAGAUGCCUCACGACUUGUGGUGUUGGUUGUUUGUGUUAUACAUCUGAAACCAUGUAUGUUGGAUCAGGCUGAGCCCCUUCUCUGUCUGAAGGUGACAUGCUUGUAACAUCAAAUUGCUGAAGAAGAUGGAUCAAGUGGCCAAGCUUUGCAUCAUCGUCAGUUGUAUCACCGCCUUACCUUUAAGAACCAUGUCAUAUUGUUUGACCAUCCUGCCAGAAAUGUCUGAGCGACAUUAUCAUUUCAACAAUGAUGCAAUAAUUAGGAAGUAGAAUAUCCAUUGAUUGAAUACAAUGUAUGGACUCUGUACAAAUCUAUCUACAUGUAUGUAAAUAUGCAAUAGUCUAUCCUGCAGCCUGAACCAAUCCGCUUUGUAAGUAAUGGACAGGUUUAUUUAAUUUUGUACAUAUUUACUCAUAUUUACAUGUACUUUUAAAUGAACCGUUUCACUCAUUGUCGUGUGUUUGCAUAUUUGUAGCAUUUUAGGAUAGUGUCUUUAUCUGUAUUUGUUUCCUAUUAGAUAAUGAGAAUUAUGCAGCUUGAUUAAGAUGUUUCAUGUAAAACAUGACUGAAGGUAUGAAUUUGCACAUUUAUCAAUAUCGUAUGAAAAAUGGUUUGUUUUUAAUCUAACAGAAACUUACACACCUUGUGUAAAGUUGAUUAGCGCUCUCCAGCGCUGUUUCAUGUAUCUGAGUUAACCUAUGUUGCAUAUUUCUCUAGCUGCAAUAUGUGAGAUUAGAUUGUGUUGUUAGUGGUAUUAGUAGGAAUACUCUGGUGAUGGACAUGACAUCACCGUGGUGAUGAAAGUCAGUCUCCGUUCCUGUGUCGUAGAUGUCACUAGUCCUAAAUAUCACUGCCAUGAAAUCAUUGGACCGUUGCUAACAGGAUAAGUACUUGAAUGAAUUUACCAAAUUUUUAGCUUUUAUCAUUUUCGAAUAUUUCAUUUAAUACCUUUCAAUUGUAGCAUGUUUGCAGAGCAGUUUUAAACUAUCUAUUCCUGUGUCUGUUUCUUCGGCUAUUUUGCUGAGUAUUUCAAAUGUAUCAUUAUAAAUUUAUUCGUCGUGUUGGUCCAGUUAUUUGUCUGUUUAGCAUGGGAUAAACACUUCUAAAUUGAAAGUCAUGAAUGACACGUACUCUUCAUCUUGUUGUGAUGAGACGUUAUAGUGAGGCCUUAUUACAUUUUUACUGUAGUGUGACUUGCAAAGUACAUUGUACAUGUAUGUAUCAUAUUUCUGCGGAUGCUCAAGUUCCGUUAGAUUGUUCAACACAUCAUAUUAUCAUGUUAUCAGGAGAGAAAACGUUCCAAUUUCUGCUCCAGUUUGUUGUGUAUUGCAUAAUUGAUGGAGAAUGUUGGAACCUUGUAGAUAGAUAUCUUGUAUCAGAACUCGAGUUGAUGUGAAGUAAUAUGAUUAUAUUCCCUUAUA